CAGUGCCACGUUUUGGCCACAGCCAUACACAUACCUCGGUACUAGGCAGGCUUGGCCCUACCGUCGGGAAAAGAGCCAAUUUCCUUCCCUUCGGGCCGACGGGGCUGUGGGUGACUCCACGCAGGCCCCGCCCGCCGCCAGCGCCGCCCCUCGGGCCGAGCAGCUGCGGCCCCCGAUCCGUGUGGGGCCGUGUCGGGGCCGUGUCGGGGCCAUGUCGCGACACAGGCGGGUUCUGCGGCGGCAGCCCGGCGGGGCUGCGGGGGACUGGGCUGCCGGCGCCGCGGGGCGCGCCCGGGCCGAGGCCCUCAGGGAGGUCGGCGUGGACGAGGUGGUGGAAAUGGCGGUGCAGCUCGCCCUGGAGCGGUUCCGGAGCGGGGACGAGGCGGAGAUGGAAUUUCCUUCUAGUUUCACUAGUACUGAAAGAGCAUUUGUUCACCGUCUCUGUCAGUCUCUUGGACUGGUAUCUAAAAGCAAAGGAAAAGGAGCCAAUCGCUACCUGACUGUAAGGAAGAAGGAUGUAUCAGAGGCACACGCAGGCAUGACUUGUGGCUUGGCUCUCCGUACGAAACACGCUGUUCGGAGUCUGAUUCAGCGCUUUCCCGUCACAAAUAAGGAAGGCACGGAACUCCUGCCAAGGACAGAGCGAGGAAAUGCCUGUGCUGUUGAAUCUGAAAACAAAGAAGUAAACAAGAUAACUUUUCGACUUAAUGAUGGUAUCCCCCAGGUCCCAGUGAAAAGAGGGGAAUCAGAGUUUGAUUCCUUCAGGCAGUCACUACCAGUUCUUGAGAAACAGGAAGAAAUUGUCCAAAUAAUAAAGGACAAUAAAAUUGUUUUGAUCAUAGGAGAGACUGGAUCAGGAAAAACUACGCAAAUUCCUCAAUUUAUCCUUGAUGACUGCUACAAGAAUGGAACUGCCUGUCGUGUGUUCUGUACUCAGCCCAGACGUUUAGCAGCUGUUGCUGUGGCUGAAAGAGUGGCAGCAGAAAGAAGAGAGAAGAUUGGCCAGACAAUUGGUUACCAGAUCCGGUUAGAAAGCAGGGUUUCUCCAAAGACACUGGUAACAUUCUGCACUAAUGACAUGCUCCUUGGCACGCUGAUGGCAGGAGACAGCACCCUCUCCACCGUGACCCAUGUUAUUGUGGUGAGCAUCCUGUGGUCUUUCAUGUGGGGAUGA